GGGUGGGGAGAAGGGCUGGUGUCUGAGCGUUGCUUUUGCCCACAGGUGCUGCCGCCGCCCCAGCCCGCCCCCGGCGCCGCCGCUGGCGGCCCAGCGGACGCGGCGCGGCGCUCCGGCACCAGGCCGCCCCCACUUGCCACUUUCCUCCCCCUUUCUCCCCACCCCUCCUCGCCCUUCCCCUCCCUUCCGUUCGUCCCCUCCAGACUCCUGCCUCGGUGUCUCUUCCCCGCUGCCUCGUCUCAUCGCAAAUCUCUUUCCAGAGGAGAGAAAUGGAGUGCGGUCUUACGAAUUGACAAUGUUACGUUGUUGAAAUGGUUCAGUUCCAAUUGUUCACCGCGAGACGGGAGGAUUCAGCGCACUGAACUUUGCACACAAGCUCAUAUAUUUCGAGUCAUUCCUAAUGACAAGCCAGCGAAUUAUGGUAUUAUAUCAGUGUUUCGACAUUGUUUAUUAUUCAACCUUCAAAAAGGUGCUCUG